AUGCACACACCCCGUCGUAGUUGCGGGGAGCAAUUCGAUCAACCUUCUACACAUCGAUGUUUGACGAGCAGGGCCCACCUCGACACGGAGGCGCAAAUUAGCGAUGUUCUGCUCUAUCCCGAAGAAGGCCCAAAUGGAAAAGCAGAUCUGGGACAGGGAAGAAGACCCGCGUUAAAAGAAAAUGUUAAGUGUAAAAAAAAAGAAGGGGGAGCUUCGAGGAAGGCACUCUUAAAGAAUAUAUGUGCUGUAAUAAAUGAAGAGAGUGAAGAACGAAUGAAGCAGUUGGAUGAACUAAACAUAGGCAUGAGCAACAUCGGCAAGAAUCGCAACGGUAGGAACGUGUUGGAGAUUUUCGGCAAUAGUGGUAACCAUGUGGAGAAGAGUUCAGCAGUGAAUGAACUUUCCUUGAAUGGUGAAACGAUCCAAAUUGUGGAGGCCUACUGGUUGUGCACGCUGAAAAAUAGACAUUUCUAUUCAUUUUUGAAAAAAAAAAAAAAAUUAAUUUUCAGCGUCAGCGCGGGGGUGGAUUCCCUUUCCCUCUUUUACUCCUUCCUUUUUGUUCUGUACAAAAUUCUAGUGAUCCUACGGUACAGAUACUCUGAAAGUUACGAAUCCAUAUUGCACAUAUUAAAUCGCGUGUAUUCCUAUUCGCAUGAUGAUAUAGACGAGAUUGUCCGUUUCAGUGAGGGAGAUAGUGCACUUCGCUUUUUUGCUUCCGUUUUGAACAACAUAACCGUUCUGUACUGCAACCACGCCACGAGGGAGGAGUGCAUCAAGGAGAAGAACUUCGUAAAAAAUAUUUGCAGGAGACACAAGCUGAGAUUCCGCACCAAGUUGCUCAAGAACAACUGGGAGGCUACUCCAAAAAAUGAACCGACUCGUAAACGAGGAAAUAACUUUCUGCUUCUGGCCAGAGAAUGGAGGAGACACGUAUACGUACAGCUAACCAGGCAACUGGAGAAACAGGCCAGGAGGGAAAGACACGCGCGUACAGCGCAGGGGCGCGACCUGAACUUCAUAUACACAAAUGGGAGGAACAUGCUUAAGUACAGAUACAGGGAUUAUGUGAGCGAUCUAGAACACUACAUAAGAUUGGCUAAUAGGAAACCUAUUUCGGAAGUGCUUCUUAGGGGUGAGGCGCCAAGGGGCCCGUGGCCGAACAGGUCAGUAAGCGGUCCGAUGGGCACGUGCAGUGCCACUCCGCGUACCACCGCUCGAGCCCGGAAGUUUGUGAAGUCCCUCAUAUUUCUGGGGCAUCACCGCAACGACAACAACGAAACGGUGUUGUUUCAGUUCCUCAGGGGAGCGUUCAUCAAAAACCUGAAAGGCAUGAAAUUUCUCACCUCGAUUAAGGAUUGCCUAAUAUAUAGGCCAUUUAUCAAGUUGAGAAAAAUUCACCUGUACAUGUACAUGCAGAUUGUGAAGAAAUCUUGGCGUUUCGACACGUCUAACCGGAAAUUGUCCGCCUCGAGAAACUUCAUCAGGCACGUUAUCAUUCCGAGCAUUUCCUCGAUGCUUGGGGGAGGGGUCUCCAGUGCAGGCAACAUGGCAUCAAACACGACCACAGGUACGGCAAUAAAGACUGACGCGUUAGGGAAAACUGAUAACACUGUUAGUACCGCUGUAAGGGAUGAGCUGCAAAUCGCCGGCGUGUACGAGUACCCCGCACUGGACCGCAAGCUAAGCAACAUCAUGGCCCAGACGGCCAACUUGGAUAGCCACCUGCAGUUUUGCACCAACCUCUUCUCCAUAUACAUGCACAACAAGUACUACAACAACCAACACAACAGCAAACACAAUGAACACCACAAUGAACACCACAAUGAACACCACAAUGAACACCACAAUGAACACCACAAUGAACACCACAAUGAACACCACAAUGAACAACACAAUGAACAACACAACAGCCGCAAAAACGAGGGAAGUACAAACCCGUUCAUCAAGGAAUAUCAGACCAUGCAAAGUAAAUUGUACAACACUUUCUUUGGAACACGGAACGACCAAAUGGAUGCACUCAUAUCCAUUAACAAAAUAUUAUAUGAACAUAAUUUCUUCUUACAAAUUUUUAAUUUUCUGGAAUUUUUUAUUUUACCCUCCACAUUUAUCCGCAUACAAAUUCUCCAUGAAAUGGUGAAGAAGUACACGGGGGUCAGUUUGACCUAUGGCAAUGUAGACCGUGUGUACAACUCUCUCUCCCAGUUUGUUCGAUCUUACGCGUGCAGCACCAUAGGGGAAACGACAUCCAUGAAUGGACAAAUGGAUUUAUCUUCUCUGCCUGAUGGGAGGGGAGAAGCACCAGGUGGAGAUGACAAUCAACCGUGUAACUUAUCACCCCAGGGGGUAAUUUCCUCAGUUAACGAGAAAAUACGAAUUAUAGAUCUGGAUGGAAGCAACAAACUCCUCGUUAAUAGAAUUUUCUUUCGCAUAGUAAACAGUCGGGAGAAAAAACAGAAGGACUCUGAGAAGCCCCCUCCUCACCUACGAGAAAAAAACGCAAAUAUAUACAUCCUCGACGGUAUAUCAGCACAGGUCUGCAGAAUCAACCGCAGGAAUGUUAACAAUAUGAUUAGUGAGAAAGGCACAUACCUGUUGAUUAAAAAGAGGAGAAAAAAAAAAAAGGAAAAGUUCGAAAUAUACAUUCGUUACUUAAAGAGGAAUGAUCUCUUACACAUGGGAAGAAGGCCCAUCAAAGCAACAAAAUUUCUUUCCAGGCGUGCCAUUCCCCCGAUAUACAUGUUUUCCCUCCCCCUUGUGCAUAUAUCAAAUUUUAAAAAAAACAACUUGGUUUUUUUACACCUCUUUGGGGAGAUAAUACAGAAUGCAAACUUUUCUGUUCAGGAGUUUGUGCAGAUGAGCGACAUGCACAGUUCCUUCGUUUACUCCAUUCGCUUUGGGAGGUAG